AUGUAUUGCCACAUGAUAUAUUUUGCUAUGAACAUUGACAUUCAAAAUAACCAUCUGAACGUUGAUCAAGCCUCAAGCAUCCCACUUAAAGACUUCAGAACCCUCGAUCACAUGGCCGAUCACAUAGCCGCCGCCGAUCAUAUUGAGUCAAUAGCCGCCGCCGAUCAUAUCGAGUCACCACAUCAUCUGGACAAUAUAGAUGAUGGGCAGAACACCAAUCGUGUUCCAGCGAGCCCCUUCGCCUUUGAUGUAGAAGGAGAUCGCGAGGAUGACAACCUUGAGUCAAGCUUUCAGACCUUGCAAGGAGAUGACGAGGAUGUUUCAAGUACGUGA